AUGCCAAAGGCCACUAAAGUAAUCAGCGUCGGUAAAAAGAGAUACAAUCCAAUCGACGAAACUGAAAUUGAUGAAGAACUUGCUCCAGUCAAAGAACUUGCCAAAGAAUUCCAAGUCUGCACUCGUGAUUUUAAGGAAAAGAUUACAGGAGCCAAACUCGUGGAAGAUGAGAAUGGUAAGAGAGUCUUGCUCUUGACUGGUUUCAAAACCAAGGAAAAGGAUCGUUCCAAGAGAAUGGUCAAAGUUGGUGGUGAAUUCGAUUCUUCCAACAUUGUUGCUGGUACCAGAAGAAGAAAGAACGUCAAUUAUAAGAGCUUGGAAGAAAAGGCAUCCAAGCCUGCAAGUAAGAAUUCCUUCGAUAAGAGAAGUAAACUCACUGAAAAGAUGAACAAGAAGAAGGCUGCUGCUAAGAAGGAAACUGAAGAUAAGGAAAAUGUUGAAAAUCAAAUGGCUGAUGAAGAUGUUGCCGCUGAAAAGAAGACUACCAAUAAGCAAAAGGAAGAAUGGACCUAUCCAUUAUCUAAGAAGAAUUUCGAAUUGAUGAAAAAGUUGGGUGCCACUAUUAAGCUCAAUCUCCCAAAGCGUGCCUACAGAGAUGAAGAACCAAUUCCAGAGGAAAUUAAUGCUUUCGUCUCUGCUAAAUUCCCAGAGGAUAUCAAGUUCACCAUUACUAAGAAGCAUGUUGGCGGUCAUUCCUUUGGUCUCAUCAAGCAUGAAAUCUUUAUCUUGAACGAUGAUGAUUGUCCAGAGUGGAUGAAGAAGAAUGAAGAUUAUGUAAUUAUUGGUGAAGGUGAAAGUGGUAUUAUUGCUUGUAAGAAGAGUGAAGCUAAGAAUGAUUUUAAGGUUUACAUUAUCUUUGAUGCUACUGAAGAUGAAGAAGAAAUGGUUUUCACAAUGAGUUUAUCCAAAUACUUGUCCAAUUUGAAGAGACACAGACUUGUUAAAGAAACUGAAGAAGAAGAAACUGCUCAAAAGGAAAGUUCUGCUCCAUCUCAAGAAGAAGAAGAAGAAACAACCACAGUUGCUCCUUCAGAAAGUCAAGAACUUGUUGAGCAAUCCCUUGCCUCUGAUGCUGCCUUGAAUGAAAAGGUUGAUAUCAUGGAAGAUUAA